UUCUUACUGACAUUUGGUCCAACACCACUCGCUUAUUGGUCGGUGGUGGUGUUGUUGUCAUCGUCGUCUGUCUAUUUUAUUAUCUGUAAAACCAAAUAACAUCUAUAUUCAAAUGUCUGUCUAUAUAACGUCAAUUGACUUGACUGCGUUUUUUCUAAAGCACAAUUUUUUAUUAUUAUUAUAAUUUUUUUGUAAAAUUUUUUAUAUGUGGAGAUGGUCACAGGCUGUGUGAUGAUGACCUUUUUCCCCUGCGCCCUUUCAGAGUAAAACAAAAAGAACAAAAGGCGUACAUACCCACACACAUAAUCUUUUUUUUAACAUAAAUACGCGUUAAAUAACUAAAAGUGAAAUAUAACAGAAAAUUACAAAAAAUAGUACGAAAUAAUGGAAAUAAGUAGAAUAAUUAAGAAAAUUGUUGUAUAUCAUAAAGAAAUUCUUAAAAAUUUUGAUUUAAAUUUUUCUACUUUGUGUCAUGUUAAAAGUUAAUUAAAAGAAAACACAUUUUGUUAAUAAUUUCCAACGAAAAGAAGAAGAAAAAAAGAAAAUGUUUAAUAAAGUGUAAUAGAAAUACAAAAGAAUUUCUAUUGAAAAAAAUUUUCGGUGAGAAAAGUGAUUUUAUAUAUUAUACAGAGUCUUAUUAAAGAGGAGACUUAACAUACGAUUUUAUUACAGCUAAAAGCAAAAAAAUAAAAAUUAACUUAAAACUAAAAUAUUUUUUAUUUAUUUUUAAUAAAAAACUAAAAAAAAACAAGAAAAUCGCACGAAAUCAUUGAUUACUAUUUUCUAUGAAAAAUAAUAACAAAAAAUACAACAACAAAUUUUGCCAUUAAAUGAAGCAGAGAAAAAUUAUCAACAAAAGCAAACAUUAUUAACAACACAAAAAACCACAACAAUAACAACUAAUAUAGAAACCAAAAAAAAACUUACACUUUGCAUUACAUACUCACUUUACUUAUAAAGAAAAUAUUAAAAUAAAAACACAAUAAAAUAAACAGUGUUACAUUUACAUAUGUACACGUUCAAACAUACUCUACAUACAUACUACGUAUGUAAAUUUAGAAAAUUUACAUAAAUUUUUAUUAAAGACAACAAAACAAAAAACUAGCAGCAAUAAAAAAUUCUUUUGGUUUUAUUUAUUUUUCCAAAGGAUAUUAAAAUUUUAAUUAAAAUCCAAAACACCAGAUUUGUCCAACAAAAAUGGCCUGUUUUUGUGAAAUGAUAGGGCUCGCCUGUUUAGUGGCGCUCCUUAUGAGUUUUUCCAAUAAGGCACCAUAUCAGCUAAAAAUGGCCAUAUUUUUAAUUGGUUCAGGAGCCAUUGUACUUAUUUGUAUACCAUUUAUGAUAUUCAGACCAAGAGAUUAUAAAAAUGCAUUUGGACCCGCCUGGGGUUGCCGACAGUUGUGUAAAGCUUUGGGCGUGACCAUGGAAGUAAGAGGUCUAGAAAAUAUACGCAAAAAUACUGGUAGUGUAGUUUUAAUGAAUCAUCAAAGUGCUUUAGAUCUUUUAGUUUUGGCUUAUCUUUGGCCCGUGAUUGGACGUGCUACCGUUGUCUCCAAGAGAGAAGUUUUAUAUUUACCCUUUUUCGGUUUUGGUUCCUGGCUGUGGGGUACAUUAUUCAUUAACAGAUCUCGCAAAUCAGACUCGAUAAAUGCUCUGAAAAAAGAAUCAAAAGCUAUUAAUGAAAGGGGCUGCAAAUUACUACUCUUCCCCGAAGGUACACGCAAUUCCAAAGAUACCUUGUUGCCUUUCAAAAAAGGUUCCUUCCACAUUGCCCUCCAGAGUCAAUGCCCCAUACAACCGGUGGUCAUAUCGAAAUAUUGGUUCUUAAAUAGCGAAGAGAAAACCUUCCGAUCCGGUCAUGCCAUUAUACAAAUUUUACCCGAAAUUCCUACAGCUGGCUGCACAACGGACGAUAUGGAUGCCAUAAUCGAUAAAACUAGAAAUAUUAUGCAAUCAGAAUAUACUAAACUUAGCCAGGAAGCUAAGGCCAUAAAUUCUAAAAAGCAAAAUUAAGUAAUAGAUCACCUUUACAUGAACAUUUGAACAUCAAAAAAUAACGAAUUAAUUGACAAACCACAAGAAAUUCUAGUUUUAACUCAGGUAUUGUAGCAUCAAUUUCCUAAAGCAAAAACCAAAAAAAAACAUAAAUAAUUUUGUAUUGAUUACAAAAAGCAAACCAAAAAGA